ACACGAACCCGGUUUCUUAUAUAUAAAAAAAAACCACCUGGGUUUUCUUCACUAACUCUGAAAUGGUUGAAGGAUUUGGUGUUCAGAGAAUGUUGAAGGCUAAAGCUUGGAUCAUCAGAAUCAACCUUCUCUUCCUAGCCUUCUUCUUGCUCCUUUACGUCGCCCUCCUCCUCCGUCCUUCAUCUUUCGCCCCGUAUUCUCUCAAUUCCGCGUCGUUCGUCUCGUGUUCGCUGCGUGAAUGUCAUCCCAAGAUGAAGGUAGUUUUGGAGGAGACUGAGCCAAGUUUGCGGUUAAAGUCGAAGGGGAAUAGGAAUAUGACCAAGUUGGAGAUACCAAUGAAGCUUUGGAAGGAAAUGGGGAAAUCAACCAAGAUUGGGAUGGUGAAUUUUGAUGAAGAUGAUAUCAGUGAAUGGGAGUCCAGUUUUGAAAUCACGCCCAUUGCUUUCCAAAAGGUGUCCAAAUAUUUUGAGUGGAAGGAUUUAUUUCCGGAGUGGGUUGACGAAGAGGAAGAUCUAGAUGGUGCAUCAUGUCCAGAGAUUCCGGUACCUGAUUACCGGAGUUACCAAAAAGUGGACCUGGUAGUGGCGAAGCUGCCAUGCCGGUACCCAGAGGAGGAGUGGGGGAGGGACGUAUUCCGGUUGCAAGUACAUCUGAUAGCGGCGAACAUGGCUGCGAAGAAAGGGAAGAGGGACUGGUUUUCCCGGUCGAAGGUGGCGUUUUUGAGCAAAUGCCGACCAAUGAUGGAGGUUUUCCGGUGCAACGACAUGAUCGGCCGGGAAGGAGAUUGGUGGUUUUAUGAGCCGGAGAUGAAUAGAUUGGAACAGAAGAUUUCAUUGCCGAUUGGGUCCUGUCAAUUGGCAAUGCCCAUUUGGGAUCGAGGAGUGAACAAAGUGUACGAUCUUUCGAAAAUCCAAAGAGCAACAAAGACAGUGAAACGAGAAGCAUACGCCACAGUAAUCCAUUCGUCCGAAGCCUACGUGUGCGGCGCCAUAACGCUAGCUCAAAGCCUCCUCCAAACCGGAACCAAACGCGACCUGAUCCUCCUAAUGGACGACUCUAUCUCCAUGUCCAAACGCGCCGCCCUGGCCGCCGCCGGGUGGAGGAUUCGGAUGAUAACCCGGAUCCGAAACCCGCGGGCCGAGAAGGACUCUUACAACGAAUACAACUACAGCAAGUUCCGGCUGUGGCAGAUGACUGACUACGACAAGAUCAUCUUCAUCGACUCCGACAUCAUCGUUCUUCGCAAUCUCGACCUUCUCUUUCACUUUCCACAGAUGUCCGCCGUCGGCAAUGAUAACUCCAUCUUCAACUCGGGCAUUAUGGUUAUCGAGCCCUCGAAUUGUACGUUUCGGAUCUUCAUAGAGCGACGUGACGAGAUCGUCUCAUAUAAUGGCGGUGAUCAAGGAUUUUUGAACGAAGUGUUCGUGUGGUGGCAUAGGCUACCACGACGAACAAACUUCUUAAAGAACUUUUGGUCAAACACGACACUAGAGAAGAGUGUGAAGAACGAGAUGUUCGGGGCCAAUCCACCAAAACUUUACGCCAUCCAUUACUUGGGGUUGAAGCCAUGGCUGUGCUACAGGGAUUACGACUGCAAUUGGAACAUAGAUGACCAGCGAGUUUACGCUAGCGAUGUGGCUCACAAAAGGUGGUGGAAGCUACACGAUGCCAUGGAUGAGAACUUGCAGGCAUUUUGUAAGCUUACAAAGAGGAGGAGGAUCGAGUUGGAUUGGGACAGGAAGAUGGCUCAGAAGGCUGGCUACGAGGAUCAGCAUUGGAACAUCAACAUCACAGAUCCUAGACGGAUUCAUUUGGUUUAAAGAUCACUUAUAAUUUGUUGUAUGUCUAUUUUUCUUUUUUCUUCGCAUUUUUCUAUAAUUUCGUGAUGAUUUUUUUAUGCUUUCUUUUAGUAUAAUUUAUGUGUGAAUAGCUCUCAGUUAGUUCUCGAGAGCUGUGAUUUUACACAAAUAUAUGUGGUUUUAGAUCUUGUAUCA